AUGUCUUCAAUCUCAUUUCCACCGCAACUGGCUCCUCCCUUGGGGACGAUUCUCAACCUGGUCCGAGGAUUGAAAUAUGGCGACGAACUCAGAUGCCACGCCAUUGAAGACAACGCCGAUCACCGAUGCGAAGAGCUCUACAAAAUUCGGAUGCGCUACCUCAAGACGCUUCUGGAAACUGUCCGCCAAAUGGAUCCACCGUUCAGCCAAGAUGACGCCACGCAGCUGGCUGCAGUACUUCUCUGCACGAAGCACAGGAAGGCAAAGGAGCAAAUGGGUCCUCUGGUCCACGCAUUCACAGCUACACCAAGCCAAAAGUCCUCGGGCGCAAAGGACCAGACUGGGCCGCGUAGAGAUUCUAUGCGUCCACUCGACUCUCUGGUUCAGUAUGAUGAUGCGAAGAAACAGCUGUUGGAUUCCCAGCGUGGAUUCCGGUGCAUUGCAUAUGACGUGGCGACAGGGAGGUGUAGCAGCGAAGUGAGCAAAGACAAGGUGGCCACUGCUCGAAGCAUCAUCGGCAUUGAUCUCGAAACGGAUCACAGUGAAGAGAUGGAAUCAACAGAUGGCGAGGAUGAUGAAGGCUUCGUAGACGAAGACGAAAGCUUCGAUGAAGAUGACGAUUACUGCGAAGACGACGAAGGGUCUUCACAGCAGAGCAAGAUUCGCCCCCUCAUCCAUCUUCUACUCUGCAAAGACCACUCGCAUUGGUUUUGGCUUGAUCUUUACCACAGUUUGUGGCAAAAGCACAUCGCUCCCGAGUCUGUGUACGACGAGGAAGAGCCGGGGCAAUGGUCACAGCAAGACUACGAGGCUACAGAGGAUGGAGAAUCAGAUGGGUAUUCGGAUUCCCAAUCUGACGUCUCAGAACUUACUGUGGGGCGAUCGGACAACGACGAAACAGAGGAAGCAUCAGAAUCCCUCAAUACCUCUCCAAAAACCCCCGCCAAGUCUCCAAACGGCCGCAAAGCGAACUCUUCCAACUCUGCCACCGAAACUCUUCCAUCAAACGAAUCUCCCAGCUCUGACCCUCCGAUACCGCCACAAGAUCAGAAGUCUUCUGCACGUAAAAGCAAGCAGCGAUCGACACAAGGAGGCGAGGCCACUCCGUCGAUUCAGAUUUCCGAGACACCUUCAUCAGAGUCGCCACCUCCAAGCAACCGCAAGAAGCCUGCGCGCAGCCCUCGCAGCAGUCUACGCCGAUCAUCUGCGAAUGCAGUGCAAAGCAGCCCUGGAUCAGGUUCAACCGAUGAGGACCUAGCGGCAAACCUCGACUCCAUGAACCUCGGUACGAGCCCAGCGAAACAGCCUCAAGAUGUUGAAGAUGGCUAUAUCGGCCCCACUGAGUUGGUCUUUGACGCCGAUUCCCCCGUCAUUCCCGACGAAGCGGCGCGCCAGGUCGAGGAAAACCUGUGCAAUUUGCUGCUGCAGCCGGUGGGCCCGCAGAAGAAGAAGUCAACGGCCAACAUCUACGUGCUGCGGUCGACCGACCGCCCUGGUCUGGUCAAGAUCGGCAUCACGGCGGAUCUGCCGAUCAACCGUUGCAAACAGAUCAAGGCGCAAAGCGGGUUGAACGACCUGGUGAUUAUCCACGCGGUCAGAGACCUGGAGAACGCGGAUCGCGUCGAGAGGAUUAUCCAUUGCCAUCUCGCACCCUUCAACGAAGAUCCGCUGUGCAAGAACCGUAACUACAGAGAAUGGUUCCGGUUCGAUGCGAGACUUGCGGUCGAGAUUGUCAAUGCUUGGGCAGUGUGGAUGCAGCGGAAGCCGUAUAGGUACCGAUCGCUGGGAGACGGGUGGAGCGCCAAGCUCGAGGAACUGCAGUUGGAUGGGAUGCGACAGAAUCAGGAAACCGUUCAACAGCUUUAUGAGAGGCAUGUCAGGUGGACGAGGCAGGUCUGA